AUGCCGUCCAGAGCGCCACCCGCCAAGCCGGACGCCAUCCUCAUCGUCGGCGCGGGCGUCUUUGGCCUCUCCACGGCCCUCGAGCUUGCCGCGCGCGGCUACACGCACGUCACCGUCCUCGACCGCUUCGUCCCGCCGGCCGUCGACGGCAGCAGCGUGGACCUCUCGCGCAUCAUCCGCUUCGACUACGGGGACCGGCAGUACGGCAUCAUGGCGCGCGAGGCCGUCGCCGGCUGGGCCGCCGAGUACCCGGACCACUGGCACCCGUGCGGCUUCCUGAUGCUAAAUUCCGGCGCCGACGGCUUCGCGUACACGCGCCACUGCGUCGCCGUCGACGAGGACCUCGGCCGCACCAUUGAGCUCUACGAUGACGCGACAGAGAUGAGACGCCGCGUGCCGGGCAUCCCUGGGAGAUUGGAAGGCUUCAAGGCGUUUUACAACCCCAGGGGUGGCUGGGCGGAUGCGGCGGGCAGCAUUGCGCAGUUGGCGAGCCGAUGCAGCCAGGCCGGCGUGUCGAUUGUGUCGGGACGGCGCGGCACGGUCAAGUCGUUAAUCUACAAAGACACCAACAGGGUGGCUGGCGUGCGGCUGGUCGACGGCAGCAGCAUGCAUGCGUCGCUGGUGAUUCUCGCCGCCGGGGCCUGGACGAACCAUCUACUGCGCGUGACGCACGCCAGCUCCGCGUCGGCGCAGCCCGUGGGCUGCAUCCAGCUCACCGAGGCUGAGGCCGCCACGCUGCGGGGCAUGCCCGUCAUGAUCAACUCCAACAAGGGCGUUUUUGUCUUUCCGCCGACGCCGAGCACCAACAUCCUCAAGGUGGCGCGCCACGGCUAUGGCUACGCAACGGACGAGAAGGUCGAUGACGGGCAUACGCCGCCCAGGGUGCUCUCCUGCCCGCGACGCGACGCCAACAAUGCGCGCCACUCGUACAUGCCCGAAGAAGCGCAGGAGGGGUUGCGCGACGGCCUCCGGGACAUGGUGCCCGAGUUUGCGGAGCGGCCGUGGUCACGGCUGAGGCUGUGCUGGUACUCGGACACGCCCGAGGGCGACUUCAUCGUCGAUCACCAUCCACAGGCCGACGGGCUCUUUCUGGCCACCGGCGGCUCGGGACAUGGGUUCAAAUUUCUUCCCGUGUUAGGUAGGUAUAUUGUCGAUUGCCUCGAGAACAAGGCAUCCGAGACCUUGCGGCACAAGUGGCGUAUGCGUCCCGAAUCGGACGCCAGUGAGAUCAAGAUCGGAGACGGUAGCCGUGGUGGACCUCCCUUGAGAACCUUGACAGCGUUGGAGCAGUCGAAGCUAUAG